UCAGUCAAUUAUAAGCAUGCAGCGUGCUGUUUAUCUCAUAUAGAUUUGUUGUCUGAGAAUUCUACUUUAUUAUAAAAUUAAGUAAGAUGAAGAGGAACUGGAGUAAACCUCGUGGCAAAUCACAAAUGAAAAAAAUUCGGAGUAACGAUGAAGACCCCGAAGAAGCAAAGUUGUCGCAGUUACUCUUCCACAAAUCUAAAAAUAUGUCAGAAAAACUGAAAUCGCAAGAUGUUGAAUCCUCAGAGUUGGACCUGAAACCGGCUUGGGUUGAUGAUGAUGACCAGAACCAGGUAGCUUCUAAUCCUCUGUUCAAAGGCAAAUCACAGUAUGCUGAUAAACUAAAACAAAAAUUUGAAACAAUGAUGGGCACCCCAAGUUGGGCUAAAAUCAAACCAAAAACUGGUGAUGAGGACGAAUUUUCAAACAGAGUAGGACAUUUAGAGUCCAGAAAGAAGUUGCAAGCUGGUACAGGGCUAAAAGCGAAGAUUUUGGAAAUAAAGCCUGCUCAAGAUGCAAAUGCUGACACAAAAAAUGAAGGCCGCAACAUAACUUGUGUGGAGUUUCAUCCUAAGUUAAGCGUUACACUAGUGGGUGGAUCUGCUGGGGUUGUAUCUUUGCUCUCUUUAUCAGGGCAUGAAAAUAAAAAACUACAUAGUUUUUCAUUGAAAAAGUGGGAAAUCCAAACUGCUAGAUUCACACCCAGUGGCACUCAUGCAUUUAUUACAUCAUCAGGCCGACACAGACAGUACUGCUACUAUGAUCUAGUAAAAGCUGUGCCAGAGAUGAUUGACCUGCCCAAUAUUGUAAACAAAGCAAACAAUUUUGAGUUAUCUAGAGAUGGAAAGUAUAUUGCCAUUUGUGGUGGAUUUGAUGAGGUACUUAUUUUGUCUGCUACAUCUAAGGAGUUGAUCAGACGUUUGAAAAAUAAUUCGAACAUAGUAUCAAUAUGUUUCUCAGAUAGUAGUGAGCAGCUGUAUUGUUAUGGAGCUCAGGGUGAGGUAACAAUGUGGGAUUUGUAUACAUUUAGAUCAUACAGGAAAUUCUAUGAUCAAGGAUGUGUGAAUGGUUCCAUUAUCACGGCCAGUCCAUGUGGGAGGCUGUUAGCCCUGGGCAGUGGAGAAGGCAUAGUGAAUGUCUAUAAAACAUCAGAACUGAAAGAAUCAACCACAUACAAUCCUGAGCCAUUUCACGUUGUUAGCAGUUUGUGCACUAAGAUAACUGGUCUCCAAUUUAAUGCAAGUACAGAGAUAUUGGGUAUCAUCUCAAAUGUUCUCCCAAGUGCAGCAAAACUUGUGCACAUUCCAUCAUAUAAGAUUUUCCAGAACUAUCCCACCCAAGGAAAGGAUAUUGGUAUCUUGAAUUGUAUUGGAUUUUCGCCAAACAGUGGUUACAUGGGAGUUGGAAAUGACAAGGGGCACGCUCUUCUGUACAGGCUUCGUCAUUACACAAAUUAUUAGGUUAUUACAAUAAAAUGUUAGUUAACAAAUAAAGAUUUUUGUAU